AUGCCUCCACUACUUCCGGCCCGUAUACCUUAUGAUGUUGAUUUUGUACAGACGCAGGACUCAGCGGAUCUAUCAGCUGAGCGACUAGCCAAAAGUAUAGACUCCCGCCCCCCCAUCAGUCCCCGUGCCGCAGCACUCGGCGCCGAUGGCUGGUGGGACGACAGCCCCGAUGACCAAUCCCUAGGGGAAGACUUUACCCUCCUCAACUCGCACAUCCGGGAUCCCACCGACAGAAAUCGAAACAGGAGUUCACUAUCUUCACGACGCGGCCACAGAACACUCCCGACGGUCAGAGACGAGCCCAGCUGGCUCAACUACGCAUACCACCAGACGCCCGCGGUGGCGCCAGCGGGAUACCAGCCGCCGCCGAGAUGGACUCGCAGAGCGAUACAUGUUGAGGAGCCGGGAGUGGAAGGCUUGACGGAGCUAAGGAUUCCAGGAGAGGACGGGGCGCUUGUGGACGACGGCUUUGGGAAUUUUGGAUAUCCGAGAUAUAGGACUCCUCCUCCAAGGAGUCCUCUUCCGUAUAGAUCUCCUCUCCAGAACCCAGCACCUACGCAAACCCAGCGUCACCUAGCCACAUGGUCUCAGGAGUCACCUCAGGAUAAGUAUCCUCUAGAAAACAAUGGAAAUGAAGGGGUUCCUGAAAGUAGUUAUAGAGCAGUCCUAGCGUCAUGGCUCCCAUGGAAAGUUGCAGGUUUUGCUUGUGUAGAUGAAGACUACAAGCCAUUGGGCACAAAUGACCUUACCGCCGACGAAUCAGCAGCCAUAGUGAAGGUCAAGGCUGAGAAAAUAAUAUUCGCCCAAAAGCAAGAGUUGGAAAAAUGGAACAGGCAAAGAGCAUAUGAGAGAAUGCAGAAUAGGCCCAAGAGUCAUCGGGAGGAAACAGAAUUCGCCUCUAGCCAGGAAGAGGAAGAUGAAUCGGUCUCUGGGGAUUCUUCGGAUGGUGUUAGUGAAUGCAUCACCGACUUCGGUGGCUUUCAGAGCCCUAGACGUCCUACGGGUCCCCAACGACCAAAUGCACGAUAUGGAUUCCGAAGACAAGCCAAAAUCGAAGCGCCUAUAUACAGAGAGACAGAAAACUUACACAUUGAAAACUUUGGGUCAUCAAAACGAAAAGCCGACAGGCCUGCAACUAAUCCCAAUGAUGGCUGGAGAGCAUGGACCAUUCCCGAGAUAAUGGGUGAAUAUUUCGACAUGACAAUUGCAGCAGUUGGACGUAUGAAGCCUAAAAAAGCGGUGCCGAUGACAGAAGAUGAGAAAGAGCAGGCAAAAGUGGAUUCUAUUAUUGAAUCUUACAUGAAAGCAGCAGAGGAGCAUAGAAAGAAUCCGGGCAAGCCAAUCAAGGAACUAAACAAAGGCCCGACCACAGAACAAUGGAUCAGAAACGCUCUUUACAGUCCAAAACUUCCGUCAGGGGCUCGAGGAGACUCACUAGACUUUAAGCCACCUGCCAAAACGAGCUUAAACUAUCCUGCAAAGUCCCAUGCGAUGUUCAGCGGUCACUCACCCUUAAAUUACACCGCAGCAAUGAAGAGAGAAAAUCAACCGGGGCAACUAGGUUUCGAUACUUGGACAGCAGAAAUAAGCCGCCGUCAGAAAGAAACAGAUACUCGUCGGCAGAGAUGGUUGGUAUAUGCAAUCUUCAUGCUCCUGUUUACUACCAUGAUUCCACUGUGGCAACGUAUAGCUCAUGUUCGUGAUGAGGGAAUUCAAGAAUGGUAUUCGAGACUAGAGGAGGAGAGUGUUGAGUUGAAGCAACCAAUUGCGCGAUUCGUUCAUAAAUGGGAGGAGGAUGUGCGUGAAACCUAUGUGCAGUGGUAUGAUGGAUCGGAAGAGAAAACGCUGGCGGACCCUUGA